AUGUCGUCGUCAUUUUUAAGGUUAAGGAACUGUCCGUUUCUUUCCAAACCCACUUUUCUUCUUUCUUUUCAUUAUCACUCUCACGAUAGUGUUGAUGAUGCCGUCUCCAACUUCAAUCGCUUGCUCCGAAUGAGUCCCACCCCAUCCAUCAUUGAGUUUAACAAGAUUUUAACUUCCCUCGUGAAAACCAAGCAUUACCGCACUGCAAUUUCCCUUUCUCACCAAUUGGACUUCACUGGAAUUACUCCUAACAUUUUCACUUUCACCAUCUUGAUCAAUUGUUACUGCCAACUAGCUCAAAUACCUUUCGCAUUUUCUGUACUCGCUAAAAUUCUCAAGAAGGGUUAUCAGCCCAACACUGUCACCUUCACUACACUUAUCAAAGGCCUCUAUGAAGCAUACCCCACUGCAAUUUCACUUUCUCACCAAAUGGACUUCACUGGAAUUACGCCUGAUAUUGUCUCUCUCAACAUCUUGAUCAAUUGUUACUGCCAUCAAGCUCAAAUCACUUCCGCUUUUUCUCUACUUGCCAAAAUUCUCAAGCUGGGUUAUCAGCCCAGCACCAUCCAUCACCUUCACUACACUUUUGAAAGGCCUCCUUCACUCUGUCUUAAUGGUCAGCUUCAAAGAGCACUGCAAUUUCGUGAUGACGUUGUAGCACAGGGAUUUCAGUUGCUCAGAAUGAUUCAAGGGAAAUCGGUUACGCCUAAUGUGGUAAUGUACUCCACCAUCAUUGAUAGCUUCUGCAAAGAUAAGCUUGUUAGUGAUGCCUACAAUUUAUAUUCUGAAAUGCUUGCCAAUGGAAUAUCUCCUAAUGUUUUCACUUACAAUGCUUUAAUAUAUGGCUUUAGCAUUGUGGGUCAAUUGAAACAAGCAACUGAGUUGUUAGAUGAAAUGGUGACAAAAAACAUUGACCCGGAUGCUUAUACUUUUACUAUACUGGUCGAUGGUUUAUGUAAGGAAGGAAAGGUGAAAGAAGCUAAAAAUGUGUUAGCUGUGAUGAUGAAACAAGGUGUGAAACCUAAUGUUGUUACUUAUAAUUCUUUAAUGGAUGGGUAUUGCCUAGUUAGUGAAGUAAACAAGGCCAAACACAUAUUGAACUCCAUGCCUCAAAGGGGAGUGACUCCUAAUGUACAGAGCUAUAAUAUUACUAUUAAUGGAUUGUGCAAGAUUAAAAUGGUGGAUGAAGCAUUGACUCUUCUUGCAGAAAUGGACUGCAAAAACAGUAUUCCUAAUACAGUAACAUACAAUUCUCUUAUUGACGGUUUAUGCAAAUCAGGGAGAAUCUCUCAUGCUUGGGAGCUUGUUGAUGAGAUGCACGUUAAAGGUCAACCAGCCGAUAUUAUCACCUACAAUUCUUUAUUGGAUGCUUUAUGCAAAAGUCAUCAUGUUGACAAGACGAUUGCUUUAAUAAAGAAAAUUAGAGAUCAGGGUAUUCAGCCAAAUGUGCGCACAUACAAUGUAAUUAUGGAUGGACUCUGCAAAGAAGGAAGACUCAAGAAUGCACAAGAGGUUUUCCGGGAUCUUUUAAUUAAAGGCUAUCAUGUAACUGUCCUAACAUAUAAUAUUAUGAUCAAUGGGCUUUGUAAAGAGGGUUUGUUUGAUGAAGCAUUGGCCUUGCUGUCUAAAAUGGAAGACAACGAUUGCAUUCCUGAUGCUAUAACUUUUGAAACGAUCACUCGUGCUCUAUUUGAGAAGGGUAAGAAUUAUAAGGCAGAGAAACUUCUACGUGAAAUGAAGGCAAGAGGUUUAUUGGAAAAUGUGCCAUUGUUACAUGGAAGUCAUGAUCCAGUAGCAAUUGAUAUUAAUAUGACACAGCCUGCCAUUAAGGAUGGGGAGAAUAAAGAACACAAGGAACAAUCAAGUCUUUCUAUUUUUGCUCAUCUCGGACCAGAUCAUAUGAAGAAAGAUGAUAAAGAGUUCUACAGUCCUACAGUGGUUAUUUUAUUAAUAUUUGUGAAUGGUCAAUUUCAGAUUCAUAAUGCUCCAUAUUUUGUGAAGAGAGCACAACCACAACAUAAUAUAGAUAUAUUCACUGUUUUGUCGCAAACAGCAACCAAUUCUGUCGGGAAACAACCACUCACCAUGUCGUCAUUUUUAAGGUUAAAGAACUCUCUGCCUCCUUCCAUUCGCAAUGCUGAUGAUGCUGUCUCCAUCUUCAAUCGCUUGCUCCGAAUGAGUCCUACCCCACCCAUCAUCGAGUUCAACAAGAUUUUAACAUCCCUCGUGAAGAUGAAGCAUUACCCCACUGCAAUUUCCCUUUCUCACCAAUUGGACUUCACUGGAAUUUCUCCUGACAUUUUCACUCUCACCAUCUUGAUCAAUUGUUAUUGCAAUCAAGCUCAAAUUACUUCCGCUUUUUCUGUACUCGCCAAAAUUCUCAAGAGGGGUUAUCGCCCAGAUACCAUCACCUUCACGACACUUAUGAAAGGCCUCUGUCUUAAUGGUCAGGUUCAGACAGCACUGCAAUUUCAUGAUCAUGUGGUGGCACAGGGAUUUCGGCUGGAUCAAGUUACUUACCGUAUCUUGAUCAACGGGUUAUGUAAGAUGGGGCAAACAAGAGCUGCAUUGCAAUUAAUGAGACAGAUUCAGGGGCAAUUGGUUAAGCCUGAUGUGGAAAUGUACACAAUCAUCAUUCAUAGCUUCUGCAAAGACAAACUUGUAAGUGAUGCUUACAAUUUAUAUUCUGAAAUGCUUGCCAGGAGAGUUUUACCUGAUGUUUUCACUUACAAUGCUUUAAUAUAUGGCUUUUGCAUUGUCAGUCAAUUGAAAGAAGCAACUAAGUUGUUGGAUGAAAUGGUGACAAAAAACAUCCACCCGGAUGCUUAUACUUUUAAUAUACUGGUCGAUGCUUUAGGUAAAGAAGGAAAUGUGAAAGAAGCUAAAACUGUGUUAGCUGUGAUGAUGAAACAAGGUGUGAAACCUGAUAUUAUUACUUAUAAUUCUUUAAUGGAUGGGUAUUGCCUAGUUAGUGAAGUAAACAAGGCCAAAGACAUAUUCAACUCCAUGCCUCAAAGGGGAAUUGCUCCUAAUGUUCACAGCUACAGUAUUAUGAUUAAUGGACUAUGCAAGACUAAAAAGGUGGAUGAAGCUUUGAAUCUCCUUGCAGAAAUGGACUGCAAAAACAUUAUUCCUGAUACAGUAACAUACAGUUCUCUUAUCGAUGGUUUAUGCAAAUCAGGAAGAGUAUCUCAUGCUUGGGAGCUUGUUGAUGAGAUGCACGUUAAAGGUCAACCAGCCAAUAUAAUCACCUACAAUUCUUUAUUGGAUGUCUUAUGCAAAAGCCAUCAAGUUGACAAGGCAAUUGCUUUAAUCCAGAAAAUUAAAGGCCAUGGUAUUCAGCCAGAUGUGCACACAUACAGUGUCAUUAUGGAUGGACUGUGCAAAGAAGGAAGACUUAAGAAUGCACAAGAGAUUUUUCAAGAUCUUUUAACUAAAGGCUAUUCUGUAACUGUCCAAACAUAUACUAUUAUGAUCAAUGGGUUUUGUAAAGAGGGUUUGUUUGACGAAGCAUUGACCUUGCUGUCAAAAAUGGAAGACAACGGUUGCAUUCCUAAUGCUAUAACUUUUGAAACAAUCAUUCGUUCACUUUUUGAAAAGGGUGAGAAUUAUAAGGCAGAGAAACUUCUACGUGAAAUGAUGGUGAGAGGUCUAUUGAAAAAGUAAAACUAGGUGCGCACAAAAAGGAAGAUGGACUACACAACGGACUCACUAUCACUUUAGCCAUGACAAAAGCCAUAAGUUACUUGGUUCAUUUUAACAUUGUCAUGAUAUCAAUGGUCCAUUUUUUUAUAUAACUGUCCUUCUUCCUCUUCCUCAUUUUCUACUGUUUUUUAGCUUCAGCUACUACCGUGGUUCUUCCAGCAGCUUUGCACUGAACUUUUCCUACUCUUUCAGCAGAUCAAGUGUAUAAUCCCUUCUUGGGAAAUGAAAAUGCCUUUCUUGCUCGUUGUUAUUUCCAUCCCAAGAAAUUACUUGUAGUGUCCAAAGUCUUUUGCCUGUAUUUCUUCUUGAAAGCUGACAUUAAGUUUCUGAAUUCCAUGGGGAUUAUUACCAAUAGUAAUUAUUUCAUCAACAUAAACAAUGAGAACUACUUUCUUCCCAUUUUCAUUUUGUUUAAUAAAUAGGGUGCCAUCUGUUAGAGACAGCUUAAAGAUUUCCUAUUCAGGGAAAUGAUUAUCAAAGAAGAUUUAUAUUGAGAUGUUUAGUUUUAAAUAAGUUUAAAGAUGUAAAGAUUACAGAAAGAAAAUUUGAAUGCAAUAUAUAGAUAAAAUUAUCAAUGAUGUGAACAAGGACAUAUACAGUUUUUGCCACUGUAUAUGUACUUUCACUUCAACUGUGUUGUUUUCAGAGUUUCCCAACCAACCAGCCAUUGUUUUAUGUAAAUUCAAAGGGCGAGUAGAGCUCAAUCUGUCUAUUUUGAGACAGUCAUUGUUUGAUAUAUUACCAAGUAUGUGUGUGGUCAGAUUUUGGGUACUUGCCUCUUCAAAUCAGGUUUUAUAUAUGAUCACCUGUUGGUUGAUUCUUUCUGUCGCUUUAACAUAUUGUCAUGUAUCCUGACUGAGCAGUAUGAAUGCACCUGUCAUGGUGGAGUUGGAAGGGGUGACUGGUUCACUUGAGCUGAAAUGGAUAAAUGCAGAUAUGCAAAAGAUACAAUCAACAUCUGGGGAGAAAAAGUACAAACCCAGAAAUCCAUCCAACCCCAAACUAGCAAACCCAACCCAAACUGCAAGACAAGUUUCAUUGCUUAUAUAUAUGAGAAUACUGUUUUUAUGAAAUGUGCUGAAUUGUAUCUUAUUACUGGAAUCCUAAUUUUUUAGCCUAGUUAAAUUGGCUUACCAAAUUCUUGCUUUUGGAGCCUGAUUUGCUAGUGAAAUUCAAUAUGACUAGAUAUAUAGAGCUAGGAUAGUAGAACUGCAGUUUCUCACUUGUGCUUAAUGUGCUUUGGGGAGAGGUCCGUGAUUAGUCUCUUUGUCUGGAAGGGUCUUUAUUCCAGGAAUAGUUUUGGGUGGAAUCAUGGAAGAAAGGUCAACUUUCAUUUUAUUAUUUCCUUUUUAUUACCAAUAAUUUGGAUUCCAUGUUCUAAUAGAAAAUAACUCAAUUAUGAAAGUCACUGAAACUGAAUUCGUCCUUC